AAGCUCGGCAAGCCUUAUGGUCGCAAGUUGAUCUGUGAAGUACUUCCUCUUUUGGUUCGCCAACCCCACAAGGUGCGCUAAAUCAUUCAAGAGCGUCGGCGGUGAAUUGCUAAUCCCUGUAUACUGGCCGACUAUGAAGGGAGCUCUGCUCAGGAACCUCUGCGAUUCCUCGAACCGCGUUGAGGCAUGUCGAAUGGACUGUUACAGUGCAUUGAGCAUGGUCAUUCGAGGAGCCGGUCUGAGCGACGCCCAGGUAGCUCCGCAAAUAUGGAGACUGAACAUGCGAUGGGAGCCCGGGGUGGAAACACCAACUCACACGGCAACUCAGUAUCAACGGGGACAAAGUUCAUACCUCGCGCUUGAGAACGAUCUUUUCUUUCGGAUGAAGAGAAGCAGUGGGGAGCCGGACCUGUAUGGUCAUCAUUGGCCUCUGGUGCAAGGUCUCUCUUCAGCAGACGAAGAUGUCAUCCCUUUUGAGCGAAGCUCUUACUUCGGCGAUGUCGAAAGCUUACAGGUGUCCUCAGCAGGCGAAGACGUCUUUAUCACUGAGCGAAUCGCCUACGCUGGCGAUGUAGAAAACUUGACCCUGUCCUCAGCACGCGAGGUAAAGUCAGCUCGUAAGCUGGCGACACUCGUGCGGGGCGCAACGAAGAUCUGUAUCGACUGUCACUCAGGGCACCUUCGGAGUGACGACUGCGCAGGAUGGCUCGAGCAUCCUGAGACAUCUGUAGAAGAUCCACGUUGGCAGGCCCUUUAUGCAUUGCGAAGGUGUGCGACGGUUCCAGAUCGCAGAAUCGACAUCGGGCCAUAUGGAACUCCACCUCUUUCCGAGCUGCGUGCCGCUGCGAACGCGUCACCAAUCCAAUACUUGAACGUGCAGGAGAGAGCCGCCCGUCGCGACUACUUCGCACGGCGCAGUGAGGAUUACGCGACGUGCGAAGGUGUCGUGGAGGCCAAUCUGCCUCUCUUCGCAGCGGCGCCUUCGGUAAUACAAUCCAUCGGCGCUGCCAUAUGCGAUUUCUUUGAUCCGACGAGUCUGGAAGCUGAUGUCCUCGCGCAGCAUUCACUCGUUUGCAAUGGCUUUGAGGGACGACCAGUAACAAAGCUGCUCGACAACGGUUUGCCAGUAACACUUCAGCACUUUAAAUUAGUCAUGCUGCAGAGUGCAGCGGUCCCAGCAGUACUCUUCAAUCAAAUCAUCGAAGGCUGCCCCUUCAAGGUGGACUGGCACGCAUCGAUUAACGCUCCUGACACCGAGCUUCUCAACCGCGCAGAAGCGGCGACCGAUAUUUCUAACGACAUUCGCGACCAGAUUGCCGCUCUUGCCUUCAGCAGUCAGAAUGAGGAGACGCAGAUCGAUAUCGAGGUCAGCGGCACGUACCAGACCAUCAUCAUCAAGCGGGCAUGCACCGAGCCCUCCGGAAUUCAGCGACCGCACAUCAUCAAACCAUCGCCGACCUCUCUUCCCCAGCAAGACGCUGCUCAUGAGUCAAAAGAAAAUUACGAGCAGCUGUCUGACGGCUUCGAUUCUUUAGCCGAUCGGGAGUCACCGCUGUCAUCUUUCGAGGCAUCAGCCCAGAGCGUCGCGUCUGACCCAGCUACUUCAAGCAGCUUCAAUUCUAGCACAAGCGACACCAGUCAGUUCUACUUUGGUUGGUUCGAGAAUAAACCCAUUCGCAUUCCCAGAUCAAAGAGCACAGAGCUGCUCAAAGGCUUGGAACUGUGGAUAAGGCAUCUAGACGCGCUGCUCAAGCUGGAGAACCAUCGUGUAAAAAUACUUCUUUCCAUCGGCGCGCCAAAUGGAAGCACUGAUGAACCCCGUUGGAUCAGCCCCCGCAAGAGACCAGAACCCUUCAAGACCAAAGCCCAGAUAGUCCUGUUAAGAGGUGUCCAACGUAUCAAACGCUACAAAAAGGCGCUCGUUGCAGCCAAAAAGAUGCAAUCGCCCAGCAAGACACAAAUACUGGCCGAGCUUGCUGAUUUAUGGGCUGACCUGGAAGAGCAAGCUGCCGUCGAAGCAAAGCUACGCGACUUGCCUGAGAUGGUGAGCUCCAUCCUGAGUAGCAAGGAGCGACACACCCGCACAGGUCGCUGUCCCAAAACUCGCUACAGCAUGGGCUAUGUACUUCCACGGGACCUCUCAGACGAAGACGACGACCCAAAUUUUGACAAUCUUCUUUCAAGUGAGAGCGAGGCCACUUCCGACAGCUCGCUUGAGCUUCCGCCUCAGUGCAAAUCGCCCAAAGCGCGCCGUGGAUCCCGUGCGUCUCUGCCCAAGCGCAAGUAUGAGCAAUCGGAGUCCGAUGCAGAUGCGGAUGAGUCCUCAACGAAUAUCCAACUUCGACCGGAAAGCAGCGCCAAGAGCCGGGCAAAGCGUGCAUCGAAAAGGGCUAAAGUCAAAGGUGACCCUUACGAGAGCUCAUCCUUGUCAAGCCUCGGCGAAGACUAGAGGAGGCGCUUCUUGUAGUGUGCGCUCAAAUCGAGUAUGCACUCUCUUCUAGCCGUCCGCGCCUGGAAGAUCAGAGUCAUUUUCACGCGGGCUCUGCACUCUGCUAUUGAAUCCAAGGAGGUCGUGUGGUAACAAAACCCACGUACGUGUACUUCGCCGUCACCUCCCACCCACUUCUUCCACACAAUCGUACUCUGACAGGCACCUUUUCCUGGCAAGUCCCGUAGACAAAGACGAAGAUUUCUCACACGAAACGCCCCUUUCAGCUCGUUUCCAGACAAAGACAGAGAUUCUUCGCGAGACUCCCUGUUCCGCUCCUUUCCAGACCAGAGAAAGAUUCCUCCCGAGACUCCCUUUUGCGCUCGUCGCCGUCAAAGGACAAUCGUCGAGCACUGACUUGUAAGAUGACGUAGAUCGAGCGUCUUUAGAACAAUGACAAGCGCCGCGCAUCAGAGGCAGCAAUCAAUCCACUCGAAGCGGU